AUGUUACUACCUUAUGUCUUGAUAAUUGCAGCAACUUCUUCUUGCUUUCUUUGGUAUCGAAUUUAUCACAAGGGACAAUCAUUACUUUUUCCCCCUUCGAGAGAUCGCGGUUUAUUGCGACCGAGGCCUCAUGACGCUUUUCAUCUUGUAGCUAUUUCUCUAACAAUUUUAUCAAUGAUUCGCCUUCUUUUUCUAAUGAAUGAUGCCUAUCCUAAUAAUAGAAUAGCCGAAAUAAUAGAUGAUUUACCGAGACAAUUUGGAUUUUGUUGCGCAGUUUUAUAUUGUAUUGGGAUUAUUUAUUCGAUUCCUGCCCUAGAAUCAUCGGAUAACUUACAAAGAAGUUCGCCAAAAAAACGCAUCGUAGAUAUUGGAGGAUUUUGUUUAAUAUUGGGACCUUUCAUAGUUAAUACACCCAUAUCUUAUAUGACAGGAUAUUUUGCAGAAAAUGAUCAUAACAUAGAAAUUGCGAACAAAUUAUUUAUGGCACAUUAUUUAAUUUGGUGUUAUCACAUGAAAGAAUUAGAGCAACGAUUAAAAAAAAAUAUAUCCGUUCAGUGGAAGCUAGAAACUUUACAAGUCGCUGCUACAAAUCUUUCAACUGUUGUCGCGGCAUUCUCUAUUUGGGGUUUUAUUUUUUUAAUCGUAUUCUCAACUUUUGGUAUCGCAAGAAAAUCUUUGAUUCAGAAAAGUCAUUCUAUAAACAUUUUGUAUUUUGUAAUUUGGAAUUUUGUCGAACCUUUAUGCAUGCAAAUUGCCCAAUUUAUUAUUGUAUAUAAUGCAGUAAAACCAAUACAAACAAAUGCACAAUUAGGUCGAAUGUCUAGCGCUACUACUCAUCAUACUCGUCAUUCACUUUCUUCACGAAGAUUUAAUAAUGUGGUUGAAGUAGAAAAACAAGCAAAUACAAUUGUAAUUGACGAAAAUAAUCCACCAACAAAAGACACGAUAGUUGUGCCUUCAAGUCCAUUAUCAUCUAAUCACCGAAAUUCAAGUCUAGAAAUUUGUACUUUUAAAAAGAAUUUAGAAUUAAAUGGACAAUCUAAAUCUCAAGAUAAUUCACUAUAUUAUUCAAUCAGAGAAAGCAUUAUUACUCAUAAUUCAUCAAUUAAUCAUCUUAGUGGGUUAAAUAGUCAAAGGACAAGUUCUCAACUUUCUGGAAUCAAUUUAUCUUUAAAUGAACAAUCGUAUAACCAUUUUUCAUCAAAUUCCUUACCUUCAUAUAAAUCAAAUCGUUUAAGUAGUUUUAGUCGUCCUAUGUCAUAUUUACACGAUCUUCCAAGACAAGAUUUACUACAGAACUCAGUAUCAUAUAUUGAAAUUCAGAAGAACGAAUUAUUUUUGCAAGAUGAAAAAAACAGAGAACAAGAAAAUGAAACAGACGUUGAUUAUAGAAAAUCAUGGCUACAGGAUAAGCCAAGACGUUUUUAA